AUGAAAAAUCAUACAAUUAUUAUUAAAUCAAUUGAAUAUCCUCCACUUCUUAUUGAUCCGUUUGGACAAUAUGAUCAAUGGAUAGAAAAAUAUUAUAAUCUUGAAAACAUUCAUUUUGAUGAUCAAUCAAAACAUAAUGUUGUAAUGUCAAUUGAACAAUCAUUUUUAUCUGCUUCAAAAAUUUAUAUAAAAAAUUGUAAUAAAUUAAAUAGUCUUCUUUAUCCAUUAGCACAAUGGAAAGCAACAUCACAAGAAUCAAAUUUUAAUGAUGAUUCAAAUUUAAUAAUUUAUUGUGGUCGUCGAUUGUAUUGUAAUCCAUCAUUUCGUUUUUAUUUUCAUACAACUUGUGAUUCACUGGAUAAAGUUUCAUCAUCAUUAUCAUUAUUAACAACAUCUAUUAAUUGUCAAUAUAGUGUUGAAACAUUAUUAGAUGAUUUACGACAACAAAUUUUGAAAAUUCAGGCUUCGUAG